AUGCGCCGCUACAUAGGCUGCCCAUGCAGCCUGCACUUGGCAUUCUACGCACUCCUGCGCGCCGCGAACGCUGACCUGCGGCGCCCAGGCUCGCAGCGGGCCCGCGAAGACGUAGGGGCGGCAUUCCCCUGCGCCAGCACUUACUACAACGAGGGAGAAUUAAUUGAGAAGCGCCACUUCGCGGCCGGCGCGCGGGGCCGCGUCGCGUACGUCGCCGGUCUGGAGCAUACCGGUCAUCAUCUCUGGCACGACGGCGUCUUCAAGCAACCGGGCCCCUGGCGCAACGCCUACGAUGCGUACGACGUCGGAGACCGCGCCACGACCUGCGCCGACGACGCGAAACUAGAAAAGGCCCUCCGCGCGGACCUGGCACGUACGCAAGGCGACGUCCUGCUGCACCUGCCGAGCUGCUCCUACCCGUGCGGGACCGCCCCGGCCUGUGUGGAAAUCAAAAUUUUACGGCGCGUCUGUCCUGAAUCGUCGCGUCGUCCUCCACGCCAUCGACGCGACGCCUGCUCGAUGGCGUGGCGAUGCCGGUUCCUCGCCGCUCGACCGAACUAGGACGGCCGCGCCAUCGCCGAGAAUGACUUAGUGAAGAAUUGUGCACCCGACACACUGGUUGAUUUCCACACAGCCCCCGGCGACGUGGGACCCGGACCUGCCGUGGCUCGCGGCGGCGACGGAGGCCGCGGGCUUCGAUCUUCGCGUGAUCGUCGCGACGCGGCGGCCGCGCGACAUCGUCCGGGACCCCUACAACGGCUUCACGGCGGGGCGCAUCGCCACCCUGACGCGGUCAUGCCGGCGCCUCGAGGCGCAGCUGCGGCGCCUCGACCCGCGGUUCCUCGUCUGCGCGCCGUACCCGGACGCCUACGCGAACGCGACGAAGCUGUCGCGUUUCCUGGGCGUCGACGUCAGGCCGGCGGUCGCCGCGACCUUCCGUCCUAGCAAACGAGACGACUCCGGCGCCCUCGCGCGCGCCGAUCGAGACGCGCGGGCGGCCUUCGGGCUCCUCGAGGGCUGCUCGCGGGCGCUGGACGCGGUCUGUAGUUCGCUGUCAUACUAG